UCACAAUCAGUCGAGUCGUGAAAGUGUAAAGAUUGAAAAAAAUGAAGAAUUUUUUUCGAUUGUUGAUCUUUGCUUUUGUUUUAUCAGCGGUGACGGUAUCAGGAAAUGAAAGAUUUUUUAAGUCACUCUAUGACAUUAGUCCAAACGAUUUCUACGAGAAAGUAAUCGAGGCGACAAAUGAAUUAGCUAAUAGAACAGCUUAUGAGGCGGCACUUGCUUCAUCUAAUCCAUAUGAAGUGGACGAAGGAAUUUUGAAUUUUCGAUGUUUGGCUUCAAUAGCAAUCGCAUUUUUCACGGUAUUAAAUAACACAGAAUUGUGGGCAGUUGAAAUUGUUGACUCAUGGUCAAAGAUACAAAGUGGAAUUCUUAUGGGAAAUCUCUUGAACAUGGGACAUUACGAUCAAUGUCUUCGUGUUAAUCACAGUUUAUUAGACUUCGACCAGGAUUUACCUGUAGAAUUGGAUUUAACAUUCUACGAAGGAAUGCAUUGUGUUGUGAGAAUUGCUUUUCCAAUUCCUGAUAGCAUUGAAUACCCUCCUGAAGUUGAAGACCUCAUAAACUCGCUUGGACUUGGUCUUGAUUUCUCAAUGUGUGUGCCGAAAGUAUGUCCAAUUGGAACUUUCAAAACUCUAGCGGAGUUCAUCUUUGGAGAUCUUAUAGGUUUACCACUAAUUAACCGAACAGUUGAGGAACAAGCGCUAAUGUGUCACUCAACUGAAUCAACUCCAUUAAGUUGGCUAGAAAUUGGCGCUAUCGUUCUUGUGAGUGUACUUGCCGGUCUUGUGGUGUUGAGCACAGCUUAUGAUCUAAUUUGUCGAGUAUUGAACAUUGAUCGGAACCGACUGCUUCAAUCUUAUUCUGCGUACACAAAUGGCCGAGCAUUGUUCUCGAUGAGAACGAAUAAAGAACACAUCAGAUGUCUUUAUGGGAUAAGAUGUUUGAGCCUUAUUUGGUUGUUGAUGGGCUAUCGAUAUUACUUGACAAUGUUAGUCUUUCCUAUUAAUGCUGUCGAUUUCGUCACAGUUUUUGCAGAUAGUGCUUUCUCAACAAUCGUUUUCACCUCGCAACUUGGAAUUGACACAUUGCUACUUGUAACUGCAACUGUUCUUGCUUAUACGUUCUACAACCAAAUGCAACGGACAGGUCGUUUCAGUGUUCUUGGACUGUACCUUCAUUGGUAUUUGAGAGUCGCUCCAAUAUUGGCUGUAUCGAUAUUUCUCUUUCUGACAUUAGUUCAACGUCUUGGCGAAGGUCCUUACCACACAUCAAUCAUGCAAAGUCAAGUGCCACAAUGUGAAGAAUAUUGGUGGAGUGCUUUACUCUUUGUUCAAAAUUAUGUCAAUCCCACGCAAAUGUGUCUUAUCCACACUUAUUAUCUUUCAAUUGAAAUGCAAUUAAUUUGGGCAUCGCCAUUACUGCUGUUUCCUUUAUACUUCUGGCGUAAAUGGGUUGUCUGGGUUGCGCCAGCUCUUGUGUUAUUAACAAUCUUUUACACUAACAUCGUUGCUUUUUGGUUUGAUUUUCGAGCUUUCAUCGUGCUAAAUCCAUUAGACAAGUUGGCAGAUUUUCUCCGUCUCGUUUACUUCCCAACACAUGCAAGAAUGGGACCGUUUUUGAUUGGAAUCAGUUUGGGAUAUUUUCUGGGAAAAAUGGAGAAACGAAAGAUUAAAAUGUAUCGAACAGUGGAAGUUCUUUUAUGGCUACUUGCAAUUUCAAUAGCUUUUCUGGUUGUUUUCAUUCAUCAUCCAUUUCAACAAUUUGUCGACAAUUUUUCAACAUCGUUCGGCAAUCAAACCUAUCUGGCUUUCCACAGAAAUGUUUUUGCAGUUUGUAUUGCUUGGAUUAUCUUUGCUUGUCAUAAUGGAUCAGGUUAUUUCGUCAAUUGGAUACUUUCGAGACCGAUAUGGAAGCCAUUGUUCCGAAUGGGUCUUGUCUUCUACAUCACACAUCUGGGAUUGAUAAUUGGAGCAGUUGCGUCACUUAAAGCGCCAACUUAUUUCGGAAAUUCAGAAGUUCUCAGCAAUGUGACGUCUGAUUUUGUAGGUGCAUUUAUUGUUGCUACAGUUGCUUAUUUAGCUGUUCAAGCUCCCAUACUUCGAAUUGAAAGAUGUUUCUACAGUUUGUUUGACGAUGCAAAUCCUGAACGUGGCAACGAGAAUGAAUAUGAGAAAGCGAAGUGGUAUAAAUCGUUUAUUUAAAGAUUUUCGUCUUAACAAACUUUAUGAAGUUGCGAAGCUGCAUACAUUAAUUAUAAUUAUGCUACAAUUUUAAGUUUAUUAUAAACAUUCAACAAUAGUUAAAUAAAUUUUAGUUG